UCUGUUUUAUGCUACUUGAGUGGUCAUGCCGAGCCCUUUUUGGCAUUUAGAGUGGAAAGUUUUUAAUAUUUAUCGUAUAUGCGACAGUUUUCGUUCAACGCAGUUUAUAUGCAUGUUGUAAUCAUCCUAGCUUAAUAAUAAAGUCAACGCUAACUUGCUUUCACUUUCUUGUAUACAUGCGACUAGCUAACUAGUGUUACAUCUGGAGGUUUGUUGGGGGAGCUCUCUCCUCUGUCUGCCAGGAUGCUGCUCGUUGUCCUGGUGUGGAGUCUGGUCCUGUCUGUUAGAGGACAGCAGGCGGAGGACGACUGGAUAGACCCGUAUGAUAUGCUCAACUACGAUGCAAGCACCAAAACUAUGCGGAAACCUGCAGAGACAGCGAAUUAUCCCAAUGUGCCAACCAAAAGAAGAGAGUACAAUCAUGACUCAAACCAGGCUGAGCAGACUCGGUGUGACUCACAAGUUAAGGAUCUACAGAGACAGGUUGAACAGCUAAAGAAAAAAAUCACAUCCCUCUCACAGCAGCCUACAUGUAACCCAGUGUUCAAGCGAUUCCUCAGCAGACUCCUGAAGGAAAUACAAAGAGUUAGACUGCCCAGUGACUCUGCUGACAUCCUAUAUGAUGCCAAAAUCAAACUGUCCUCACAAGCCAUGGCGGAGAUUCAGACACUUCUGGAGGGCGAGGACAGCUGGAGGACAGGAGCUCUGGACAAUGCCAUCAGUCAGAUACUGGUGGAUCUCCGACCGCAUGACUACGAGGCCUGGAGGUGGCGCUUUGAGGACACCUUUGGUGUGGAGCUUGACACAUUAUUGAAAAUGGGGCUGUGUGUUUUGCUCUUAAUUGGCAUCAUAUGCACUCAGCUGUGGUCAACAGUGUCCAGGUUCAUGCAGUUUCGCAGAAUGCUCUUUGUUGGCUUCAUCGUCAGUAUUUUCUGGAAUUGGUUGUACUUAUACAAGAUUGAAUUUGCCAAACAUCAAAACAAUCUUGUGAAGGCAAACAGUGACUAUGAAAAAUGCACCGGCAUGAAGAGUAUUGACUGGCGAGAUAGCUUGAAAGAGUGGUACAGAAGUACUUGGACCCUUCAGGAUGACCCAUGCAAGAAAUACUAUGAAGUCCUCAUGGUUGACCCCCUGCUGCUGGUUCCUCCAACAAAGGCAUUUGCAGUGACUAUAACAACCUUCAUCACAGAACCACUGAAGCACGUUGGUGAGGGCAUCAGUGACUUUCUCCGAGCCCUCCUCAAAGAUCUACCAGUAACCCUACAGAUCCCAGUACUUCUCACUAUUGUGCUCUCCAUUGUGGUGUUCAUGUACGGAAGUGUCCACGCAGCCUUCCAGCAUGGCAUCGCUGCACCUUUCCGCCGCCCUCGAAGAGAUCCUCCUCCUCAGCUGGAACCACGGCGUCACCUCCAAGAGAUCGCAGAUGGUGAUCACUUAGCAGGAGGGGACGCAGAUCAACCAGCCCCAAGGUACCGAGCCGAUGACGACCGAUUACACAGGAACCAGGUUCAUCAGAGGAGACCCAACAGACCCAGGGAACAACGAACUAAGGUGGUUGUGGAGACUCUCCGUAGAGAGCUUCCCAACAGCGAGGACGAGACAGACACCAGGCAGCAUGAGGAUGAGCAGAAUCUCUCUGCUGAGUCAGAUCCAGAAACCCUGCAGGAUGCAAAUGAAGAGCUAGCAGGAGCAGGAGCAGGUGCUACUGAGGUGACUGCUAACACUCAUGAGGCAGAAGAUCAAUCCUUAGACUUAGAUAUUCCAAAUUUUAAAAACAAGCCCUUGAAAGAGAAUAAAAAACCUCCUGAUGAUGAACCCAGCAGAGACACUGAAGCAUCUCAGCCAGAAAUGGCAGAGACAGCACACACGGAUGUUCAGGACCAACAGGCUGCAGAAGGCAAGAACCCGAUGGCACAUAUGGAAAAUGUCGGACUUCCCGUUCAGGAGUCGUCUCCAGCAUUGGCAGAGUAGCUAACUUCCACAUCAGUCGGAGCUGGAUGAUCAGUUUGGAGCUUUUCGCUGGACUGUAGAGGUGAUGAGGGAAGAUAUUGUCUCUAUACAGACUGAAGGACAUACAGAUGUUAUUUAAAUGUACAUGAACAUCAGCUUAAAGGAAACCCAGUGGAAUUAACUUUUCCUUACUGUUGUGCUGUUAAUGGAUUGUGCCUUUCCUCCAGUAUCGUUACAAAUCUCAUUUAAUUUCUGCUCAUUAUUUUACCAUCAUUUUGCUUCCGCAUGUUGAGAUAAAGUUGUGCUUAAUGGCAGGGAAAGAGAAGACUGUUAUGUUAGUGUCUCACCCAUCUGCAGGAAUUAUGCUCCGAAAAAUGAGUUGCAUAUCAGUGCAUCAACAGACCGUUUAAUCAUUUCAGUUUAUACAUAGCAUUUUUUUUUAUUUGCAGUAGAUUCUGAGUUUGAAUUGAAGAAGGGAUACACUUUUACUUAUUGCUGUUUUUUCACAAUAAGAUGCUACUCUGGUUAUUAAACUUUUGUAUAAAGAAAUUUUGUGAUAAUGAUGCUGAAGUGUGUCUGAAGUCCUGCUGAACAGCAGAAGCACUACUUUCUAAUAACUUUAAUUUGAUAAUUUAAACUGCUUGAGUGGCAGAAUUUUUAAAAAAACAUGUUGAAUAGGCAGAUGGGACUACUUCACACAAAAGUACAAAUGCUGUUUAUUCUUCAUCACACUCAUGACCUUACUGUUGUGGUUUACUCACACAGUUAACCUCAUCUUGUUAGCUGCAACAGUCGGCUGUUCUAGAAAAGAAGCUCUAAUGAAAUCUACACACUUCCUGCCCAGCACUGAGCAGGAGGCAGACAAAGAAGUGGUGAAUAUAGAGUAUGUCUGUCUGAAUAUGUACGUAUGUAGCAGCUGGUUGAAAGAAUUUAAAUGAAGUUAGAUAUUGAACUUAUUUCCAUCCGGUUGCCUGAAAGGUAAAUAUUUAAACAGGGUCCUGUUUCCAACAUAUUUGCUGUAUCAACUGUAUGAGGAAAUCAUAUAUCCAUGUUUUUGUUUUGACUGUUAUGUAAUGAGUAUUUAUCAGUGGGGAAUUUAAUUUAUUAUGAUUGUGUUCAUUCUGUCUUGCAGCAAGUCAGCUGAUCCCAAAUAUGCACUCAGGUCGGUUGUAUUUUGAUACAAAUGACAUGUAUGUCUUCCAUCAUUAUUUUAUUUCCACCAAUAUUUUAACAGCUACAACCUAAAAGGAUACCUGUUCCUUUCACUUUAAAAUUAAAAGCGUGCUUUCUCUGAAUCUCAUUACCGGGAUUAUUAUGAAAGAGAAGAAAUACAACAAAAUGAAAGCUGUAACUUAUUCUUUACAAAGGAAUUGAAACAACUAGAUAACACACAAAAAUGGUCUCAGAUGGAGAAAUAUGUCCCGAAGUAGAUGAAAAAGCUAGACUUCAUGAGUAAACGAAAGAGGCCCCAAUCUUUGCUUCAAGAUGCUAUUUUAACCUUGUCUUAAAAAAUGAAUGUGUUGAUAUGACGAACAGAUUUUUCUGUAACUCUGAAUGUGGACAUCAGCAAAAUUUGUAAUUUGGUAUUUUUCUAUUAAUUCUGACGAUAUGAAGGAAAAAGUCCAAAUAAAAUUGUGAUUUUUAAUACAAUGACCAUAAAAAAAGUGUGCUACGAUUUGUCAUUUAUGUAUUAUGUAGAGAUAUGACAUUAAAUAUAACAGUCUUUUA